CCAGCUCCGACUGUCUGCGCGGCGUGUGGAUGAGGCGCACAGGGAACAACCGGGCGCGCACCGAAAACCAGACUAAACAAGUCAUAUUAUCCCCGUUCGGGCUGUGCGUAUGAAACGGGCCGCUGGAGACUUUCCCACAGACUUGACAGUGUGGAAGACGUGCUCGGAGUUCUCAUUCUGGAACCAGACUGAGGCGCAUCUCGUCUCCUUGAAGUGAUCCUUUUUUAUGCAGUCUAUCCGUCGGAAGGAGCCCGUGUACGCGCAUAAGGAGGAGAGGAGGGGGGGAGUAACGAUCAGUACUUUUGAGCAGACCCCUCGCCAUGGAGCUAUUCGUCCGGUCUCGGACGUAUUGGCUUGAAGAAGAACAGAUACCUGCCACGGGAAACCCCACUAUCUGCCCACUGUGAGGAAAGUGGAGCAUGCAGUCGAGCCCCAGCCGUCUUUGUGCGACCCGCUGCUUAGUUUCUGGGGGCCUCUUCUGAAAAAAGGAGAGGAGGGGGCUUCUGGUGUUGAUCUGAAAUUCACACUUCACGCCGGGGAUCCAUAUUUUGGCACGGCAUAGCCUACCACUAUGAGAAGAUGACUGGUGAUGCUUCUCUGAGAACUACUGAUCCUUGACAUUACUCCAGGUUUCCACUCUUCCUCUGCUACACAUCGAACCACUAUUAUUAGCCAUCAGGCUCCUGGAUCGUUUGCAUACAGCACACAAUGGCCUCUGCACUGUGGAGGUGUCCAGUGUUCCACUGCCUCCUGCUCCUUCUCUUAUGCGUUCACUGUUCACAAGGGUUCAGCCGUGCAGCCUUGCCUUUCGGGCUGGUCAGGAGAGAGCUCUCAUGUGAAGGAUAUGCAAUUGAUCUCCGCUGCCCGGGGAGUGAUGUCAUUAUGAUUGAGACAGCCAACUACGGCCGAACUGACGACAAGAUCUGUGACGCUGACCCAUUCCAGAUGGAGAACGUCAACUGCUACCUCCCCGAUGCCUACAAGAUUAUAUCACAAAGGUGCAACAACCGUACGCAGUGUGUGGUUGUCACUGGCUCUGAUGUGUUUCCUGAUCCAUGCCCCGGCACCUACAAGUACUUAGAGGUCCAGUAUGAGUGUGUUCCUUAUAUUUUCAUUUGUCCUGGGACUCUGAAGGGUGUAGGAGCUGCCACCUUCCUGUUUGAAGCAGAGCAACAAGCAGGUUCAUGGUGCAAAGACCCACUGCAGGCUGGAGAUAAAGUGUUCUUCAUGCCCUGGACGCCGUACCGCACUGACACCCUAAUAGAGUACGCCUCUUUGGAGGACUUCAAAAACACUCGCCAGACAACCACUUAUAAACUGCCACACCGUGUUGACGGAACAGGCUUUGUGGCUUAUGAUGGUGCUAUCUUCUUUAACAAGGAACGCACAAGAAACAUUGUCAAGUUUGACCUGCGAACACGCAUAAAGAGUGGCGAGGCCAUUGUUAAUAACGCCAACUAUCACGACACCUCGCCAUACCGUUGGGGUGGCAAGACUGACAUUGACCUGGCAGUAGACGAGAGGGGCUUAUGGGUAAUCUAUGCCACGGAGCAGAACAAUGGGCGCAUUGUGGUGAGCCAGCUCAACCCAUACACGCUACGCUUUGAGGCCACAUGGGAAACAACUUAUGACAAACGCUCUGCUUCCAAUGCCUUUAUGGUGUGCGGCGUGCUACACGUGGUGCGCUCGACCUAUGAAGAGAAUGAGAGCGAGGCCAGCAGAAGCCAAAUUGAUUACAUCUAUAACACCAAGCUGAGCCAGGGCGAGUACACUGACAUUCUCUUUCCCAAUCAGUACCAGUACAUAACCGCUGUGGAUUACAACCCCAGGGACAACCAGCUUUACGUGUGGAAUAACUUUUACAUCCUCCGCUACGAUCUGGACUUCGGGCCACCAGAUCCUGCUGAAGUGCCAACCAUCGAAGACUUCUCCGUCUCAUCAUCUGUACCCAAGACCAGCACGGUUUUCACUACCACCGCUGUAUCCACCAUAAAAGGCCAUGGUGACACCACAGUGGCUGGCGCAGACCCAAGGGAAGGAAGGGACCCCUUUGAGGACUCUCGUGGCCAGGGGACGGUGGAGCCUACUGUACCAGAGCUGCCACCGACACCGAGGCGCUUCUGUGAAGCGACCAGAAGGAGAGCCAUCGACUGGCCUCAGACCCACACUGGCACCACUGUGGAGAGGCCCUGCCCUAAAGGGACCAGAGGCAUCGCCUCCUUCCUCUGCACGGUGGCAGGGACUUGGUGCUCCAAAGGGCCAGACCUCAGCAACUGCACCUCCCACUGGGUGACUCAAGUGGCACAAAAGAUUCGAACUGGUGAAAAUGCAGCCAAUCUAGCCAAUGAGCUGGCACGGCACACUCAGGGACCGGUGUUUGCUGGAGACGUCAGCUCCUCUGUGCGCCUUAUGGAGCAGCUCGUGGACAUCCUGGAUGCUCAGCUACAGGAGCUCAGGCCCAGCGAGAAAGACUCAGCAGGACGGAGCUUCAACAAGCUUCAAAAAAGAGAGAAGACAUGCAGGGCGUAUAUGAAGGCAAUCGUGGACACUGUUGACAACCUCCUAAGGCCGGAAGCUCUGAAAUCUUGGAAAGACAUGAAUUCUACGGAACAAACGCACGCCGCCACAAUGUUACUGGAUACCCUGGAGGAAGGGGCGUUUGUCCUUGCCGAAAACCUGAUUGAGCCAGCAAUCGUCAAAGUGCCUGCAGAGAAUAUCAUGCUGGAUGUUUAUGUGCUCAGUACUGAUGGUCAGGUGCAGGACUUCAAGUUCCCUCAAACCAGCAAAGGUGGAGCGACUCUUCAGCUUUCCUCCAACACUGUCAAAGUCAACAGCAAAAAUGGUGUCGCAAAGCUGGUAUUUGUGCUGUACAAACACCUGGGUCAGUUCCUCAGCACAGAGAAUGCCACGCUACGAGGAAUGGGGGACCUGAACAAACGCAACCUCUCCCUCACGGUCAACUCCCACAUCCUGUCAGCCUCUAUUACCAAGGAGUCCAGCCGUGUGUUUGUGGCUGACCCCGUGAUCUUUACACUGGAGCACCUGGAUAAGGAGCACUAUUACAAUCCUAAUUGCUCCUUUUGGAAUUACUCUGAGAGGAGCAUGAUGGGCUACUGGUCCACUCAAGGCUGUAAACUACUGGAAACCAACAAGAGCCACACCACUUGCUCCUGCAGUCACUUGACCAACUUUGCCAUCCUCAUGGCUCAUCGGGGAAAUGUGGGGGAGGGAAGUGUCCAUGAGCUGCUUCUUACCGUCAUCACCAGAAUGGGUAUUGCAGUGUCGCUCGUCUGUUUGGCCAUCAGCCUCUUCACCUUUUGCUUCUUCAGAGGUCUGCAAAGUGACCGCAACACCAUCCACAAGAACCUCUGCCUCAACCUCUUCAUUGGCGAGCUGGUGUUUCUUGUGGGCAUCAACAUGACAGAGCCAAAGCUGGUAUGCUCCAUCAUCGCCGGGGUUCUGCACUUCUGCUUCCUGGCUGCGUUCGCCUGGAUGUGUCUAGAGGGUGUGCAGCUGUACCUCAUGCUGGUCGAAGUUUUCGAGAGCGAGUUCUCACGCAGAAAAUACUAUUACAUCUCCGGGUACCUCUUCCCAGCUGUGGUGGUGGGCAUCUCAGCAGCCAUUGACUACAGGAGCUAUGGCACUCAGCGGGCAUGCUGGCUGAGGGUUGAUAACCAUUUCAUCUGGAGCUUCAUUGGACCUGUAACCUUCAUAAUUGUGGUCAAUGUCAUCUUCCUGGUGGUGACGAUGUACAAGAUGGUGAAGCAUUCCACCUCCAUGAAACCCGACUCGUCCAGGCUCGGGGGUAUCAGGUCUUGGGUGUUGGGAGCAUUUGCACUACUUUGUCUUUUGGGCCUGACUUGGUCCUUUGGUUUGUUCUUCCUCAAUGAGUCCUCCAUCGUCAUGGCGUACCUCUUCACCAUCUUCAACACUCUGCAAGGGAUGUUUAUUUUCAUCUUCCACUGUCUCCUUCAAAAAAAGGUUCGCAAAGAGUACAGCAAAUGUUUCCGUCAGUCCCAGUGCUGUGGAGCGCUGCCACCUGAGGGCUCCCACAGUUCAGCCAAGACAGCCACAUCCCGAUCCACUGCUCGCUACUCAUCUGCCACACAGAGCCGCAUCAGGCGGAUGUGGAACGAUACUGUGAGGAAGCAGUCGGAGUCCUCCUUCAUCUCAGGAGACAUAAACAGCACCUCCACGCUCAACCAGGGGAUGACUGGGAACUACCUCCUAACUAACCCUCUCCUCCGAACGCACGACACUAACCCUUAUAACAACCUGCUGGCAGAAACGGUGGUGUGCAACACCCCCUCUCCACCGGCUUUUCACUCCCCAGGACAGCACUCUCUCAGCAACAGCAGGGACAUCAGUGCCAUGGACACUCUCCCCCUCAAUGGCAAUUUCAACAACAGCUACUCCCUGCGAGACGAUGACUACGAGGCUGUGGGCGUCCGGGCCCCGGGUGACCUGGGGGGCCUCAACUUGGACGAUGCUGCCUUUGAGAAGAUGAUCAUAUCUGAAAUCGUCCACAAUAACCUGAGGCCCCGCGGGGCUCCCAAAGGUCACGAAGCCCCGAGGGAGCGGGACAGAGCGUUACCUCCCCAGACCAGGGUGACAGUGGACCAAGGCGGGGGUGGAAGCGGCAGCGAGGAUGACGCCAUUGUGGCAGAUCAUGCCGAGGCGUCAUCCCCCCAGAGAGGAAGUGGAAGAGGAGGCCACCCCACCCUGGAGCUGCUGCUGCACCCCCACCAUAAAGAGGCGCUGGAGGCCCCCUUACUGCCUCAGAGGACUCACUCCCUGUUGUACAGCGCCCAGAAAGCCCCCCGGCGCCUGGAGGGCCAAGGUGGGCCUGGCGCUGAGACUGUUACUGCAGUGGAGGACAUAGGCUCCAAUUCACCCAACAAUAACAGAGACUCCCUUUACACCAGCAUGCCAAACUUGAGAGACUCACCUUCACCCUCCACGUCGCCGUACCCCCCGGAGGAAGAGGAGGAACUCUCCCCUUCGCCUCGAAGCGAGAGUGAGGACGCGUAUCAUAAAAGCAUGCCUGAGCUUGGCGAUGCACCACAGCCUCUAUCCUACUAUCACAUAAACCGAGGCACAAGUGAUGGGUGCAUCAUUCCACCCAACAACGAAGACUGUGUGCAGGAGGGAGAAGCCCCCAGCGACGGACAAAUGCAGCUCAUCACCAGCCUUUGAGCUGUUCUUCAUUGUUUGCACAGGUUUUAAUGGAUGGGUGCUUUUGGUUGAUGUCAAGAGAGCUGGCGAGUCUGGCUCCGCACUCCACAUGCUCUUCCUGUUAGAACAGGAAGUGAAAUGUUGUUGGGUGGGAAAAAGAAUGAAUAAAUGACUUUUUGCACACAGAUCUCAUUAACACACAAAACACGUUCAUCCGAGGCCAGACAAAUGUGGACUGUGAAAGCUCUGCUGUUGGACUAAAGAGGUGCAGAGAAUUACACACAGAUCACUGUGUCAGAGAUAAGUCUGGUAUAUCUGUUGUACUGAAAGAAGAGCUGAAGAAUAAUGGAUAAAAAAUACUCCAAGCAAAGAACUGAACUGAUUCCUGACAUAUCUCUGGGGGACUUUGCAGAACCAGGGUCUUUUUAGUCAUGAAUUACAGAACUAGAACUAGUGUGGCUCCACUACACAGUCAGGAUUGUAAAGUUAAGAAACCACUAAUUCAGACUCAGGCCUUAUAUUUUCUCUAUUGCACAUUUAACUGUUGUCAAAGUAACAGCUAAAGAAAAUAUAUUUUGCUGUACCACUAGUGUAAAAAGUCAAUAAAGUUAAAAAAGAAAAAAAAGAAAAAAAAAGAAAUGGCAACCAUUCAGUAGUUAUGCCCUUUCAAUGUUAAUAAGCCUCUUCAGACAAGGUUAAUGAAACUGGUGGAAAUGUGCUUUUCCUCUCACACUUGACUUGUUGUAGUAUGUUUGAAUAUGAAAAGAAACGUUUCAAGAGAUAUUAGUCCAUAUGAAAUCAUGCUCACGUCUCUGCUUGUGAAGUGCUUUUGCUUUCAUGAAUGAUGAGUUUUUUGCCAGUAGUAUAUUUGUUAACACCGGGCCAUGCACAGAUUUGGAGUGAAUUGGAUAUAAUUUAUUUUACUUGAAAGAAAUUGUCAGGUUUUAAGACUUAUUUUGGUGUCAAUACGAAAUUGCAGUUCUGCAGACAUGUUUCAUCCUUUGACACUAAUUAAUUUAUUAACUGAACUAUUCAGAAAAAAGGUUUAAAAAAAAAAAAAAAAAAAAAGAAUGACCAUGGUUAAGAAGUGUGACUUGUUACAGCACUGAUUAGGUUCAUUUUAUUUCUUUUGUAAGAGCCCAUCAUCAGCUGAUAUUUAAUUCAACUCCUGUUUGAUAUCAAAUAAAUGUGAAUUUUUUCUUGUUCGCA